UGCACUUGGGAUCAAUGCUGGACCAAAAAAAUAUGGAGACGUACAUAACACUGCGGAACCCCGAGUUUUACAGAAUGGAGGAGGCGAGGGGGCCCCGGUUCCAAGGUCCAACACCCUCUCGAAGAUGAGGAACAGUCUCAGUAGGAGCUUUAGGUUCGGCGCAGCAACAAUAUCAAGCGGUGCUACGUUUUUAAAAACGUUUUCAAGCCGUUUGAAAGAACCGUUUCCAGACUCGGACAUGGAAUCGCGAGGCCCGAAGCCGCUGAAGCCUCUGGAGAGAGCCAAAACAAUGUAUGACCGACACCGCCGCCCACCCACGCCAAACCAUGAUCGGUCUCCUGUUAAUCCACACCCCGGAUGGGUGUCACGAAACCAAAAGCAAAAGUCGCGGACUAAUGACGCUCGUGCAAAAGGAGCACGGAAAGCACAUGAUGACGAAGCAGAAGAUGUAAAGGUAGAAACAGAAGCGUAUCAAUCUGAAGAUGAGAAGUAUUGGUCCGCCCAUGACUCUGAUGACGAUGAUCAGUUCUAUGACGCCGAGUCAUCUUCGCCGCAGCGAGCGUCCCCAAAUGUUCGAUCACCAGGGCCACGACCGGCACCACCGUCACCUUUGCCGUCAUUUGAACUUCCUCCGCCAACGCUAGGAAUGCCUGGACAAAACUCACCAGAUCCAGGACGGUCGCCGAACCAUGGCAAGCCGAGAUCUCCAAAGACAGAUCAGUCACCAGUCCAUGAGCAGUCCGGAUCUCCAAGGGGAAAAAGGUCACCCAAGGGCAGAAAGUCCGAAUCUCCAGGGACAAAUAAGCCACCAGUCCAUGAGCAGUCCGGAUCUCCAAAGACAGAUCAGUCACCAGUCCAUGAGCAGUCCGAAUCUCCAAGGAAAAAAAGGUCACCCAAGGGCAGAAAGUCCGAAUCUCCAGGGGCAAAUAAGCCACCAGUCCAUGAGCAGUCCGGAUCUCCAAUGGAUAAAAGGUCACCCAAAGGCAGAGAGUCCGGAUCUCCAGGGACAAAGCAUGGAUCUCAGACGAGGCAACCGUCAGGAAACGAUGGACCAACUAUUUCUCCAGCAAGGUCACCAAGGCACUCGCGGUCCAGUUCUCCAAGGAAAGAGGCAUUCACGGAAGAGGAACCAUCUAUUUCUCCACCAAGGUCACCAAGGCACUCGCGGUCCAGUUCUCUAAGGAAAGAGGCAUUCACGGAAGAGGAACCAUCUAUUUCUCCACCAAGGUCACCAAGGCACUCGCGGUCCAGUUCUCCAAGAAAAGAGGCAUCCACGGAAGAGGAACCAUCUAUUUCUCCACCAAGGUCACCAAGGCACUCGCGGUCCAGUUCUCCAAGGAAAGAGGCAUCCACGGAAGAGGAACCAUCUAUUUCUCCACCAAGGUCACCAAGGCACUCGCGGUCCAGUUCUCCAAGGAAAAAGGCAUUCACGGAAGAGGGACCACCUUCGCCGCCAAAGUUUCCGCAACCACAGGAGCAAUCCACUCAAGGAAUACCCAGAAAGCCCCCAUCGAGAAGGCCAUCAUACUUCGGGUCGGAGGCAAUUGCUGCAAUAGAAAAAAGGCGUCGGUUUAUGGAAGAACACUUUGGGGAACAUCUUACGCCUUCCCGGCAGGAGACCCCGAUAAAUAAGAUCCAGGAUGGAAGAGGCUUCGUGAACCGCGAUUCCUACCCCGGACCCAAAUUUAAUCCGACUAGUGGUUUUAUCCAGCCCCGGACACGACCAUCAUCGCCAACUCCAGCCACUCCAAAGACCGCAUCUCCCACGCGUCCAGGAGGCGGACCGGCCGCACCCACAUCCAGCGUUACUCAGCAACAACUCCAGGAAGAAUUAUGCAAGGAUGGUAAAUGCACGGUCACGUUCGUCAAACCAGGCGCCGAACCACCAGCCUGGGUCAGGGCGCAAAUGGCGAUUCAGGCUGCUGCUCGUAAUAAGGGCUGAUUUCAUUCUCGGCCUAACGCACUUUACUGGUCAUUGAUGAGGUUUCCCAUUGGCGGAUCCAGAAAUUUGGCAACACCGGGUUUCCUCCGU